AUGUUUAUCCCUAAAAAUACCAUUGUGAUUCCGAACCUGAGAGGCAUGAGUAGAGAUGAGCGUGUCUAUUCCGAUCCUCUGAAAUAUGAUCCCUCCCGAUAUCUUCCCAUGCCCGAAGGAAAGGCCGAGCCUCAAUUUUCUGCUUUCUGGGGCUUCGGACGACGAAUAUGUCCUGGUCGACAUUUCGCUGAGCUGGCCAUUUGGCAUGCGCUGGCAACUUUGGAGAUUCUCCCACCAAAGGAUGAGAGAGGCAAUGUCCUUGUACCGGAGUUGAUCGUGACGGAGGGAUUUGGCAGUGCUAUUGCGCCAUUCAAAUUCGAAGUCCGUGUUCGAUCCGAAAAGGCUAGAGCACUGAUCGCAGAGAUCGAGUAG